UCAGCGACAGUAGUCUCUGCUGCCGCACCAUCCUACGAUCCACCCCUCGCCUCUCGCCCACACACUCGGCCGGAGAACUACCUCAGUUUCUUCGGUGCCUCAUCUUCCCACUACGCGCGACGACCCUAGAGAGCGUUGCGCGUGGAUAAAACACCGCAAUCAUGGCGCCCAAGAAGAAGGAACAGCCGCAGAAGAUGUCCCUCGGGGCCUUCUUGCAGGAAGAAAAAUAUGGUGGCUCGUGGGCUGAUGAAGUUGAGGACUCCUUUGGGUCCCAACCUCUCCCAUCAACUUCCGAGCGACGAACUGGCUAUUCUAGCUACGGAACCUCGGGCGGUGAUCGAGGCUAUUCUACUCGAGAUUCUUAUGCCUCCCAGGGUCCUGCUCAGCUGCCUACCAAGCCCCCCUACACCGCCCAUCUGGGCAAUCUAUCAUACGAAGCCACGUCCGAAUCCGUGACCGACUUUUUCGACGGUUGUGAUAUUACCAACGUCCGAAUCAUCGAAGAUCGCAUCGAGCAACGCCCAAAGGGUUUUGCUUAUGCCGAAUUUGCGAACGUUGAUGGUCUGAAAAAGGCCUUGACUCUUGAUGGAACCAGCUUCCAGGGCCGAACUAUCAGGAUCAAGAUCGCCGAUCCACCCAAGGAACGAGAUAACCGUGGGGAUUUCGCCCGCGAACUUGGUAGCUGGGAGCGGAAGGGCCCCUUGGCCGAUCUGCCAUCUCGUAGUAACGACAGACGCUCAGAGUUCGGGGAGCGUCGCGGCCAUGGUCCCCGCGAUCCGCCUUCUGAUGACGGCAAGGUGCGAGAUUUCGGCAACUGGGAGCGCAAGGGCCCGCUCUCACCACUUCCACAACCAGAACACUCGGCAGGAUCCCGGGAUAACAGCCGUCCCCGAACCAAUGACGCUAACCGCGGCGAUUCUUUCCGAAAGGAUCGUCGAACUUCUCCAGCCACCUGGGGGGAAGGUCGCCAGGAAACUUCUCGGCCACCUCGAGAAUUCAAGGAGAAAACAGAACGCGCUCCAACCGCGGCAGAGCUGGACAGCCAGUGGCGCAGCAACAUGCGACCUGACCGUGGCGUAAAGUCCCCUGAGCGGUCCCGAGACGGAUCCGAAGCACCUCCAUCCCCUGCCAUUGCCCCGCCCUCAGCUCCAGCUCCCGUGGGACGCCCGAAACUCAACCUCCAAAAGCGAACGGUAUCCGAGACGCCAGAUGUAACAUCCCCCAGCUUACCGUCUGCAACCGGCGAUUCAAAGGCGAGCCCUUUCGGCGCUGCUCGUCCUAUCGAUACGGCAGCAAAAGAACGCGAGAUUGCUGAGAAACGAGAGCAGCAUCUGAGGGAGAAGAAAGAAGCCGAAGAGAAGGCAAAAGAGGAGCGACGCCUAGCGAAGGAGGCCGCAGCAAAGGAGGCUGCAGAAAAGGCCGCUCUUGAGGCGGAGAAGGCCGCUCUUGAAGCGGAGCGGGCGGAGCAGGCGAAGCAGGCAGAACAGGCCGAGAAGGCAAAGGCCGAGAAGGCGAAGAUCGAGAAGGCAAAGGUCGAGGCGUCUGAGGCGAAGCCCGAGGUCCCGGCUGAGCCAAAGGAGGAGCCGAAAGAGGGGGCAGCCGCUGCUCAGCAUAACGGUGGAGGAGCAGAGCAGAGAGCGCCUGCGAAGCAUCGUGAGAACCCUCGUGAGGGCCCUCGUGAGAACCCCCAGAACCCUAAGUCCAGGGCGACCGAAAGCGGCAAUUGGAGAACGUCAUCGGGAGAGCACCGGCAGGGUCGCGGUGGGUAUGUAAAUGCCCCACGAGGUCGUGGCGAUGCUCGAGGACGCGGCGGUGCCCCGCGAGGGCCACGGGGCAAUUACGAAGGAAGACCUCACCGAGCAAACGGAGCGUCUCCCGUCACUAGCCCGCAACAACCGGCUCAGACACCAGCCCCGGCCCCGGAGGCCGAGGCUACCCCAACGCAAGAUCCCGACGGCUGGACGACCGUGUCAAAAGGCCGCCGCAGCCAGAUCACGCGUGUUUGAACGAGGCGCCUAGCACUGUACAAAAAAUACAGAUCUUCUACGCUCAGGCUGGUAAAAGGGAAAUAUUACUGGCGCCAUAAUACUAUGGACUCGCAAUACGAAAAAAAAAAGUUAUUUGAUCUCCUACGCCUGCUACUGUGACGACCUCAUGCACGCCUAUUGACGCUAAUCUACCACCACGUCUUGACUCCGCCCUAUAUGCCGGUAGCUUUCUGAAAAACUGCUGGUUAUACCGCAUGGCCC